GUGCCGAGUGCCGAGUCCCCAAAAAUCUCCGGAUUUAUCUCACGUUCCUUGGCAUUGGUAUUUGGGUGAUCGCCUGUACUUUCUCCGGAUCUGUCCUAAGUUUGCCUCCUUGAGACACUUGGCCACUUCCUCUAACAGGUGUAUAUGCUCCUCAAACGUCCGGGAAAUAACUAGUAGAUCGUCUAAGUAUACAAAGACAUGGCUUCGGAGUCGUUGGGGAAUUACUCGAUCCAUCAACCGACACAGCCGUUGGGCUGCAUUGCACAACCCGAAGGGCAUCGAUUUAAAUUGAUAGAGUGGUCUGCCCGGCACCGUGAAAGCUGUGUACGUCCGACUUUCAGGCUCCAGCUCUAUCUGCCAAAAUGCGUGCUUUAAAUCGAUGCUGCUGAUGUACACCGUAUCCUCUACGCGGCUCAGAAUUGACUCGAUGCUCUGCAGCGGACAAAAAUUCACCUUUAAUUUGUUUGGUGGGACGAGAGACAACUGCAUUAAUUGUUUUGCAGAUCACCGUGGAUCCCCCAGAAUCGGACAGGACAACGACGUUAAUGCCUCUGGACAUAACCCGGACCACGACUCGACAGAUCCUCCGGCACCUCUUCCUCUUUUCAGAUCCAGACAGCGAGCUCCACGAGUCGGACAACGAGGCUACUACCACCUGGUAAUACCUGGACCACAACUCGGGACACACACUUCCUUCCCUUCUACCUCCGAUACAUAACUACCAUGUCCAUUUUCCUCUCUUCUACUCCUCUCAGCGGCUACGACGGCUAGGAUUUAUUCCCGGCUCGCGGACCGGCUGAGUUUCGUUCUACCAGGGUUCCAUUUUACACCGGGUCUUUAAGACUCGCGUUUAAAAUCGAUCCCUUCUAUUACCAUUGGGCGCCUUUUGUUAUGAUCCGCCUCUUUGCCACCCUGGCCUAUCGUUCCCAGCUAGCUCACGGGGAAGUC